ACCAUACAAAGCCAUCACACUAAAAGGUUAACCAUUAUUAACUUUAUUUUUGACAUAUAGAACAUGGGGAUUAUAGAGAAGAUCGCACAGAUCCAGGAGGAGUUGGCCAGAACCCAAAAGAAUAAGGCCACGGAGUACCACAUUGGUCUUCUUAAGGGGAAGUUGGCGAGAUAUCGUCGUGAGUUGUUGGAACCACAACCGGGCCAAGGAGGUGGUGGUGGCCAAGGGUUCGAGGUGGCCAAGGCCGGGGACGCCAGAGUGUCGUUGAUCGGGUUCCCAUCGGUCGGGAAGUCGUCCUUCUUGAACAAGGUGACCAACACCAAGAGUGAGGCCGCCAAUUAUGAGUUUACCACGUUGACCUCAGUUGGGGGGAUCUUAGAAUACAACGGGGCCGAAGUACAGAUCGUCGAUCUUCCGGGGAUUAUAAAGGCCGCCGCCCAGGGGAAAGGUAGAGGUCGUCAAGUGAUUGCUGUGUCAAGAACAUCCGAUCUCAUCAUGAUGGUUCUUGACGCCACCAAGAGUGAAGAUCAACGUCAAAUCUUGGAGAAUGAAUUGGAAUCCAUGGGGAUCAGACUCAACAAACAAAGGCCAAACAUCUCGCUCAAGAUCAAGAAGACUGGUGGGGUCAAGCUCAACUCUGUGUCACCUCCAAAAUAUUUGGAUGAAAAAAUCGUUGCUGCACUUUUAAAAGAUUGUAAGAUUCAUAACGCCGACGUGUUGGUACGAGAUGAAAACGUCACCAUUGACGACUUUAUUGACGUGAUCAACGAACAACACAUCUCGUACAUCAAAUGUUUGUACGUGUACAACAAGAUCGAUGCCGUUUCACUUGAAGAAUGCGACCGUCUUGCCAGACAACCCAACACGGUGGUGAUGUCAUGUGAGCUUGACUUGGGGAUUGAAGACUUGAAAGAAGAGAUCUGGCGUCAACUUGGGUUGGUUAGAUUGUACACCAAGAGACGUGGGAUCCAACCAAAGUUUGACGAGCCCAUGGUUGUUCGUUCUGGAUCCUCGAUCACACAAGUAUGUGACGCCAUUCAUCGAGACAUGAAGCACCAAUUCAAGUAUGCCUCGGUUUGGGGGUCCAGUGCCAAGCAUUCUCCACAGAAGUGUGGGUUGAAUCACCCGGUUAAUGACGAAGAUGUGGUACAAAUUGUUACCAAGUAAAUAGGGAGUAUAGAGGCUAAUAGGUGUGCAU